GAUGUUCUAAUAAUCGUUGUACGGCCUACUGUAUUCGGUGUUCUCCGGCAUCCAGCGUCAGCAUAAUCUUGCUACCUGUAAGCCGUUCCAGUGCGGCGCGACUGGCCGCUUGCCCGAUCCCUGCCCGUGCGGCCACGACGCGUGACCGACGAAGUCGUCGUCGUCGGAGACGAUCAAUGUGAUUUGCCAUCCUCCUUCAUCCUUACGCUUGAUGAAAGCCACGUUUUGAUUUGUCAGACAGAAAAACCAGUUCCACACGUCUCCAGUCCAACUUUUAUUCUUCAUAUACAUACUACACGCUAUGUUCUUCACACUGCUUCAUAGUAGUUCAUCGGCCAACGAGGAGCAGAGGCCUCAUGAUGGAUAUGGUGUAUAUUCCCAUCUUCAUCCUCGUAUUCUUUAGUUCUCCCUGCCAAUCCAACAACCAGCUAACACAAGCAAAGCCACUCUUCCUCAAAGACAAGCUCGUUUCAGAGGGCGGGGACUUUGCUCUUGGAUUCUUCUCCCCAACCAAUUCGAGUCGCAAGUUAUACAUCGGAAUUUGGUACAACAGUAUCCCAGAGCGCACCGUGGUGUGGGUCGCCAACCGUGACAACCCAAUCAACUCCCCUUCAUCAGCGAAGCUCGCCAUCACCAACAAUUCAGAGUUAGUGUUGUCAGAUUCCCAAGGCCAAAGUAUUUGGAAGACGAACAACACAAGGGGAGGUGCUGGAGCUUUUGCGGUAAUACUCAACUCUGGAAACUUUGUCCUUCGGUUACCAAACGGCAGGGACAUAUGGCAAAGCUUUGAUCACCCGACCGACACAAUUCUUCCAACCAUGAGGUUUAUCCUGAGAUACAAAGCACCGCCGGCGGCAACACGCUUCUUUGCUUGGAAGGGCCCUGAUGAUCCAUCAACCGGUGAUAUCUCUUGCGGCUUGGAUCCCACCUUGAACCUUGAGAUGUUCAUUUGGAACAGGACUUUGCCGUACAUCCGUUUCUCUAUUGUUAAUGGUGUUUCAGUAUCUGGUGGCACAUACCAGAUCAACGGUAGCUCCAUCAUCAUGUACGAAGAGAUGAUCAGCACAAGGGACGAGCUAUACUGUAAGUACACAGUCUCACCUGGCUCACCCUACAUGCGUUUUUCAUUAGACUACACAGGCAAGUUGAGGUUGUUUAGUUGGAGCAGCGCCGCAUCGUCAUGGGCAGUCAUCUUUGAGCGUCCGACGGCUGAUUGUGAUCUCUAUGCCUCUUGUGGCCCAUUCGGCUUUUGCGACCUCACGGAGGCAAUCCCGACAUGCCACUGCCCUGACGGUUUCGAGGUUGUCAACCAGCUCAACUUCUCGAGAGGAUGCCGGAGAAAGGAAGCGAUAAAAUGUGGAAAGGAGAGCUAUUUCACAACCAUGCCUAAUAUGAAGGUCCCUGACAAGUUCUUGCACAUUAGGAAUAGAAGCUUCGACCAGUGUGCAUCCGAGUGCACAAGGAAUUGCUCGUGUGUGGCAUAUGCCUACGCCAACCUAAGCAAUGCUGGCACUACGGGCGACACAUCGAGGUGUUUGGUUUGGACAGGGGAUCUCAUCGACAUGCAGAAGGCCAGCUUUAUUGCAGAGAAUUUGUACAUCCGGCUAGGUGAAUCCCCUGUUCAAAAGAAGAGCAAUUUACUGAAGAUUUUACUCCCGGUUCUAGUAUAUGUGCUGCUACUCGUAUUCACAGCCCUGAUCUGGACAUGCAAAUACAGAGGCACACAGAAAAAGAAGAAAGCCCAGAAGAGAAUGAUGCUAGAAUAUUUGAGGUCUACGGAUGAAGCUGGGGAUAAGAACAUAGAGUUUCCAUUUAUUAGUUUUGAAGACAUUGUUUUGGCCACGGACAAUUUCUCCGACUCAAAUAUGCUUGGGAAGGGAGGCUUUGGCAAAGUUUACAAGGGAAUGUUGGAAGGUGCAAAUGAAGUAGCCAUCAAGAGACUUAGUAAGGGAUCUGGACAAGGAACACAUGAGUUCAGAAAUGAAGUAAUCUUGAUAGCCAAAUUGCAGCACAAGAACCUAGUUAAGCUCCUUGGUUGCUGUAUUCAUGAAGAUGAAAGGUUGCUAGUUUACGAAUACUUACCCAACAAAAGCUUGGAUUACUUCCUCUUUGACUCUUCAAGAAAACCGCUGCUUCAAUGGCCGACAAGGCGUAAGAUAAUUCAAGGAAUUGCUAGAGGAAUUCUUUACCUCCACCAAGAUUCAAGAUUAACAAUAAUCCAUAGAGAUCUGAAAGCAAGCAACAUUUUGCUAGAUAAAGAGAUGAUCCCUAAGAUAUCAGAUUUUGGCAUGGCUAGGAUAUUUUGUGGUGAGCAGAUCCAAGCAAAUACAAAUCGAGUUGUAGGGACAUAUGGCUACAUGUCCCGUGAAUAUGCAAUGGAAGGCAUCUUUUCAGUUAAAUCUGACACCUACAGCUUCGGUGUUCUACUACUGGAGAUUGUAAGUGGAUUAAAGAUCAGCUCACCACAUCUUAUAAUGGAUUUUCCUAACCUCAUAGCAUAUGCAUGGAAGUUGUGGAAAGAUGGCAAAACAGAGGAUUUCUUGGACUCAACUGUUAUGGAUAAUUGUUCCCUCCACGAGGUUUCAAGAUGCGUCCACAUAGGACUUUUGUGUGUUCAAGACAGUCCCAACUGUAGGCCGCUCAUGUCAACCGUUGUGUUCAUGUUGGAGAAUGAAUCAACACCACUUCCAGCACCAAAACAACCUGUAUAUUUUUCACCACAGGGUUCUGAAAAGGCCGGUGACAACACGGAGUCAUCCAUGAAUGGCCUGAGCCUCACGGCAUUAGAGGGUCGUUAGAUAUUCAAUGACAACUUUUACUCUACAUGAAUUAUUUCAGCAAUCACAACAUUGUAAUAAGUCCUUACUGUAUAUGGAGAAGUUAGUGGUUGUACUGUCUGUGAACUUAUUUUACAGAAAGCAUGCCACACUGGAUUUGAGUUGAGCAUGUGUAUUUAAGGAAGCUGAUAUGAUACAUUUUUCA